GCGUGUUUGUCAGUUACGCUUGUAGCAAAACCUGAUUACUGAAACGAGCAGAAAUACUUGGAAUUUUAAAAUGAAAGCACGUCUUUCUGAUUCAAGCGAGGAAACAAUUACUGGUGAAAUAACUGCAAACAAAAUCUGGGUGUACACCUUUGUUGGUGUAAUGAGUUUGGCUCGAAUAGGAUGUGGUCUUUUUAUGUCUCUAUCCGGCCCCACACUUCUGUAUUUAGCUGAUAACGUGAACGCUAGCGUCGCAGAUGUUUCGGCAAUGUUCACUGGAAGAUCGGCGGGAUUCUGGGUUGGAGCGGCAAUUUGUGGGGUGGUCAUGAACCGCUUCCCAAAGUUUCAACAAUUGCUAACGAUAGCAAUCGGAGCAACUCUAAACGGCAUCUUUAUGGUGAUAACCCCUUGGGUGACCAAUCUGCCAGGAUUGAUUGUAAUUACUACAUUGGGAGGCGUGAUGUUUGGAUACAUGGACUCAGCCAUGCAAUCCAUGUACCUACAGCUAUGGGGAGAAAAAAGGUCGCGUCCUUACGUACAAUCGUUUCACUUUGGAUUCAGUGUUGGUGCAUUACUGGCGCCUGUAGUAGCUGCUCCGUUUCUGCAACAAGCUGAUUCAUUGCAAAGCGCAACAGAUAGUUGUCCAUCUCAUGGAACAGUAGUUGUCACAACGCCCUCCACUGGCAACGUCACAUCUGAUGACGUUACUGGCAUGACAACUCAAGUACCUUUCACUGGCCUUAAUCCUGUGGCAUGGCCUUACAUCAUAUCCGGUUCCUUUAUGCUGGGAAUAGGACUUAUUAUGAUCUUGCUCGCCCUCUUGCGAAUGGAAAACAGAAUACGAAUCGAACACAAGGAAUCGACAGAGGAACGGUCUGAAGAGCCGCUUCGUGAUGUGAUCUGGCUCUUUCUUCCUAUCUGCUGCUUCUAUUUUACUGUUGUAGCAAUGGAAGUGGUAUAUCAGACUUAUAUUUAUUCAAUUGCUUUGUGUUCCCAGCUUGCGUUUUCGGUUGUUGACGCAUCGAACCUUAACGUUGUGUUCUGGGCUGGAUUCGGCCUUGGCAGAGGUGCCGGUAUUUUCUACGCUGCGUUUUUCGAUCCGAAGACAAUGAUCAUAUUCGAUUUAUUUGGAACAACUUUGGCUUUGACUCUUAUGUCGAUAUUUGGGAAAUAUAUUCCGCUUGUUGUCUGGUUGGUCACUUUUUACCAAGGGCUCUGUGUAGCGACCUUUUAUUCCAGCGGUGUGUCAUGGGCAUCAAGGAUAACCAACAUGUCAUCAACUUACAUUUUCGUUUUUGCGACUGGUAACACUAUAGGUCAGAUGACCAUGGUUCCAGUCGCCGGUGCUUUGUUCGAUUCCACCCCCUACAGUGUUAUAUACCAGCUUCUCGUGUUAAGCGUGCUAACCAUUGUGUUCUACAUUUGGAUGGAAUUCAUGGGCAGAGGACAUGUUCGCAAGAGAGCAAUGAAACAAUCAACACUAAACCUCGCAAAUUCGACGAUAGAUUACGACAGUAUAGACACAACAUCGAUGUAUAAAACAAAAUUAUAAUUCAAUAAAAGAAAACUUGCUAAAA